GAAGGGGCGGCUCCAGGGGAGCCCCGGGGCUGCGCAGGGAGGCCGAGGGUGACCCGGCCGAUGGAGAGUCUGCUUUUGUCACCUAGACUCGAGCUUAUCUCGGAUUUGACUGCGGAUCCUUCAACGCCAGAGGGAGUGCGUCUCUUAACGCUCCCCAAAAUGUCUCUCCAGCGAGUUUCCUUCCGCUCUGCUCUUUGCUUUUCUGCUUUUAUCUGCCGGGCCUUGCAGGUCCGUGGCUCAGACUGUUCACGAGUCUUUGGACCUUUCUUAGUUCUUCUGAAGUGUUUUACACCGUGUUCGCUCUUCCCUUUCUGGCGCUAGUGGCUGGCCUAACUUAGGUCUCAGAGUCUUUGUUUUCCCUUAUUUACCUGGCAGUCAUUUGGACAGCCAAUUCGGGGACGGGUUGGGAAGGAUAAAGUCGGAGAAUGGGACAGUGGUCGGUCGGGGUGGGGCUAAUCUGUGAGCCGAACUUUGGGUUGGAUUAGAAUCAAAGAAACAGGAAAAGUAAGGCAGCUUUGGACUUGGGGCAGGGAGGACUUAAGGCUAGACAGACAUUUUCAUCCUGAUCCUGUGACCUGCCCUAUUCAUCUGUUAAUCUGAUUGAAGGGAGAUGAAAUGUUAGGCCAGGGCGAGUAUCAGGGAAGGAGAUUCUUGCCUUUUGCCAAUUGCGUUAUUUGCAAUAACUUUAUUUUGAAAAGUAAUGUGGUUUUAGGGGAAUAGGAUGAAAUCUUUUUACUGGUGACAGCAAAAAGAGAACGAAAAACAAAAACACUGUUUACUUUCGGAGUAUUUACUUGUUUCUGCCAUUCCCACCCGGCUUCAGUGCGGUGUCCUUGGAUAGUGAUUUACAGUUGUGGGGUUGUGAUUUCUCCUUCUGUCUGCAGAAAAGUUACUGUGCUCCUUUCCAUGACACUUUUGCUGUUAUUUCAAAUACAAGAGAGAAAAAUUAAAGUUCACAAGUAAUUUUGGUAUACUUCACAUUCCUUCUGAGUUGCUAAGAAUGCCAUUGAGAGCUGGAGGUUUAUACAGGGUGGUUUUUUUGGUGUUUUUUUAAAAUCUAAAAGGCAUGAACAGGAAAAUGCAGAUUUAUUUAUAUUUCUUUUCUCAAGCUCUACACUGUUCAUUUUAGCUAAAAGAAAUCAGCUUCGUUUCGUUAGUUUAGCUAAAUAAUGUAACACAAAUAUUUUGCCUCAAAUGAAACUUUAGUGUGGGUCUUAGUAAAUUUUAGGACAUCAGGGGCUAUGUGUAUUGGGUUAAUUUUAAAGUCAGAGUGUGUAUUAAAACUGCUGCAUCUCCUAACUGAAUGGAUGCAUAAAACUGGUUAAACUUUCCUUGAAGAAAUUUGCUUAAUUCAGUAGUUCCCAAACUAGUCAAUGUCUAAAGGUUAGCUUAUGUUUAUUAUGUACAUACACUUGAACUGAAGUUUCUUAUUAAGCUAUCUUUUCAAGAAAAAAAAGCCUUGUUUAUAUUAGCAAGAUUGGUUCAUGGAGAUCGUGUUAGCAGUUUGCUGAAGUAGAUACCCUGACAAAUUCUCUAAGACUCAAAAAGUUAGUAAGGAGCUAUUUUAGUAAUAUACAUUUAUUGUACGUAAAAUGCAGGCGUCCGUACUGAAAGAUUUUUUAUUAGGUAAUUUUGAAUAGUCAUGUAUUAGUAACAACUAAUAUUAGAAUCGAUAUUUUAAGAACAUUAUGUAGCCAGUUCUUUAUAAACGUAGUCAUAGCAUCUGAAUUUGAGAAACUUUGGCAUCUGAUUUACACUAAGGUAAAUUUGUGCUUUGUGUAGAAAGGUUUUAUAUUUUUUUAGGUUUGAAGUUCUCUUGGCAUUCUUAGUUUACUUUGUAGUUGAGAUAGUCAAGUGCGCUUGUAUCUUGUUUUCUGUUUAACUUUUCCCUCAAACUUACUCAUCUGUUCUCAUCUUUAGUGAUGAAACAGCUUUUUUUGAAAAAACACCAUUAUUUUCUUAUAUAUUACACACAAUGACACAAUUGCUCUGAGUGGGUAAAUAGAUGGGUCACAGGAUAAGAAUCUGUUUUUAGUAUGUGAUGAAACAUACUCCACGUUUUAGAGUGUAAGAUUUGUAAAACGUCUCCACGUUUUAGAGUGUAAGAUUUGUAAAUUACAUUUUUAAUUUACACAACCCAGUUCCCAGGAAUAGUACUAAUACUAAUAUAUGUAUCAUAAUUAUAGCUAAUUACAUACUGUGAAAUAUAAUUUCACAGUAUGUAAAUAGUACCACUCAGUCAUAUAGGCAUCUUAUCUUUUUAAAACCUGAUUAACAAGCAAGUAGAGUAAGAAGAUAUUUUUAAGAGUCUUCAUAGAGCUGCCACUUUCUUUGUAGAAUCACUUGAGCUUUGGUAAAAGCUAGUGAGUUUGAAAGUCUGAACAAUAUACUUGAGGAUUGAUGAUUGUAUACAACCACCAAAAUGAAAGGAAUCUCAGUAUUCUGUGAUCAGAGUUUUCCGUCUGAUGAAGGUUGGCCAUUUGCAAAGUAUCUUGGAGCUUGUGGAAGAAUGGUGGCUGUAAAUUAUGUUGGAGAAGAACUUUGGAGUUACUUUAAUGCACCAUGGGAGAAACGAGUUGACCUCGCUUGGCAAUUAAUGGAAAUAGCAGAACAGCUUACAAACAAUGACUUUGAAUUUGCACUCUACCUCCUGGACGUCAGCUUUGACAAUUUUGCAGUUGGUCCUAGAGAUGGGAAGGUAAUCAUUGUGGAUGCUGAAAAUGUUUUGGUUGCUGACAAAAGAUUAAUUAGACAAAAUAAACCUGAAAAUUGGGAUGUGUGGUAUGAAAGCAAAUUUGAUGACUGUGAUAAGGAGGCUUGCUUAUCAUUUUCAAAAGAAAUUCUUUGUGCUCGUGCCACUGUGGACCACAAUUACUAUGCUGUUUGUCAGAACCUCUUAUCCAGACAUGCCACCUGGCGUGGCACUUCUGGAGGACUCCUUCAUGAUCCACCAAGUGAAAUUGCCAAAGAUGGCCGCCUCGAGGCCUUGCUGGAUGAGUGUGCCAACCCAAAGAAGCGCUAUGGCAGAUUCCAGGCUGCAAAAGAACUGCGUGAAUAUCUGGCACAAUUAAGUAACAAUGUGAGGUAGUCUAUGGUGAACAUUUCUUUUUUUCUCCAUUUAAACAGCACUAGGUAAAACUAAACCACCAAAAACUAUCUGAAAAAAUGAAAUUUGGAAGUAUUACAUUCAGAGGAUGAUAAACUUGCACUGAUAGAUCUUAAUGUUAACAUCCAUCAAAAUAAGACAUUACUUCAAAAAUCACAUGAUGCUUCUGCAAAAAAGUAUGUUCUUAUACUUUGGAGGCUUGAGCUGUCAGCAGCUGCUCUCCCCUACCCCGGAAUGCUUGAGUGGAUUAAUGAAUAUUGUUAAGCUAUUGGAAAUGAGUCUGAUAGUACAUUGGCUUGUGUAUCAAAGGAUACUUGGUACUUAGUUUGCAUUUACUAUCAUGAUUUUGUGAAUCUCUUGCAUUUACUUUGAAUGUCAAGUUAGAUUGGCCUGUUUUAUAGGCCACAUUUUCCUUCUGAUGUGUAGGGUUUUUUCCCCAUUUUUGUUAUUUGUUUAAGUUAAAUUUUGAACAUUCAGGUGACUGUAGGUGUUCAUUUAAAUUUUGACUAGUUCUCAUUCAGUGCUAUUUGGUACGUUACUUACAGUUAGGGCAGGAUUCCCAGGUUUACUUUGUUUUUUUUUUUUUUUAAAGAAACCUAAAUAUUAUGUAAAUACUUCUUUUCACCACCUUCUGUAGUUUCACCAUUGCAUGAUAUCAUUUCAGGUUAUUUAAAAGUUAUAUCCCUCAAUGCCAACAAUUGCAAGUGUACACUAAACAUGAAGUAUGGCAUAUGUUGUAAAAUGUCAUUUUAUCCUUUACUAAAGGCUUUAAGAAUAUACUAGCAAUCUAUACCUUGAUGUUCAUUUCGAUUCAGAAAAAAAUACAAUCCAGUAUCUAAAAAGUGUUAACUAGUCCAAGAUAGUAAUGCAUAUGCCAAAGAAAUAUUACACCUAGUCUCAUGUUUAGAAUUUAAAAUAGAGUUGAUCACAUACUUAUUUUUACCACUCUACUUCCAGUAUUUUAGCUCUGUCAUUAUUAAAUUCAGAUCUUCCUGGUUAUUCUUUCUGUUGAAAGUUAAACUACCGCUUUCAAGUAAUUUAAAGUUAUCCUACCUUUUAUUCAUGGGUAGUUUUGCAAAAUUUACAUGGUAGACAUUGUUUGAAUUUAAUCAGGCAUCAUAACCUUUUAUUUAUUGAUGAACUAAUCAUUAUUACUGUAAAGAAGACAAGUUAGCCAGUCAGCCCACUUUGGUCUUCUUUACCUAAUGGUUAUACAUCCAAACAUCAAAUUUAAGUAUUUGGAUGGAAAUGUGUGGGCUUGUUAAAAAAUGUUAUAGUAUAUAAGUUGACUAUCACUAACAGGUAAUAUUUUUCUGUUUGAAGUUGUUACUUUUGUUUACAGCAAAGUUUUGAUGUAGUGUGCGGUAGUGAGUUCUAGACUGAUCUUAUUCUAAAUCAGAAAGUGAUUAAAGUAUGCACAACCAAAGCCAGGUUUUUCUUUUUCGUUUAUUCAGUAACUAUUUAUUAAGCAUCAACUCUGUGCCAGGCACGUUACUAGCUGCUACAUACUGUCUGAACAUGACAUACGGUUAAGUAACUUUACAAUUAUUAGCAAAUACUUCAAUGUAGAUAUUUCUUAAGUUGAAAUAGCAUUAACAAGGAUAAUGCUUUCAUGUUAUUUUGUCUUGUGAUGGAAAUUCAACUUGUACCAUCUAAAAUUAAGUUGCUAUAAAAAUAGGAUGGGAUGAAGUCAAUAAAGUUAAUGCCAGUUUAAAAACUGAAAGGAAAAGGUAAGAGCUUUCCAUCAUAAAAUAGUUGCAUUAUGUUAAUUUUUACACAUUAGUGCAUUGCAUAUAUCAACUGGCCCUCAAUGAAGCAUAUAAGUGCUGGGAAAUUUACUAAACUGACCCUUUUUGCAACUUUGGGAAAUUUUUGAGGGGAGUAGUUAAAAUUGUCAGACACUCACCUCUUACUCAAAACUUCAAAUAAAAUACACUUUUUCAAAAGGGAGCACCUUUUAUAUUUGAUAAGUUUUCAUUAUAAACCUUACAAUACCAGUCACAAAGAGGUCGUCUGUCUAUGGUUUAGUGAACAUUUGCUUUUCUUUUUGGAAGUGUGAUUGCGAUUGCAGAACAGAAAGUGAGAAAACACUGCCAGCAGUGAUUGCUACUUGAGGUAGUUUUUUAUAACUACCAUUUCCCCUCCAUGAAAUUAUGUGAAAUUUAUUUUAUCUUUGGGAAAAGUUGAGAAGAUAGUAAAAGAAUUAGGGAUUUAAAAUUACAGGGAAAAAAUGUGUAAGUGAAAAAGCAAUAAGUAUUUUGUUCACUUUGCUAUCAAGAUGUUCACUAUCAGAUAUUUAUUAUAUGGCAGCAAUUUAUAUUUUUAAUCAUUGCCCAUUAAUAGACGCAGUAAAAUAUUUUUGAAUCAGACAUUUGGGGUUUGUAUGUGCAUUAAAAUUGUCUUUUGUACUGUAAGUUACUGUUAAUUUGAAUAUUUUAUCGAACUGUCUCCCUGUGCCUUUAUAAUAUAAAGUUGUUUCAACAACUUUUAAUGAUCUUAAUAAAGAAUACUUUAAGAAUCACA